GCCAGCCAAUGGGUUUCCUGCACCCUGGCUCAGUCAUCAGGCUUGGAUAUUGAGGAAGGCUUCAGCGCUGCUGUAGCUGUGUGCUGCUCUGUACGUGCACAUGUGGAAGCCUGAGCUGAGCUGAGAUGCUUCAGAGAGAGUCUCUCCGUCCUAUAAUGUGAGUCAGCCAGCAGCACUGUUCGCCCAGGAGCUGCAUCCGUCAAGCCACAGGCCUCCUGAAGACCAGGCGCUAUCCAACUGGAGGGCUGAUAUUUUUUCAUUAUCGCUGCCGAGGAGCGAGGGGGAUCGUCGUCAUCCCCGUCCGCCGUCCCUCCCUCACUCGUGUCCUCUCCCUCCUUCGUUUUCACUCUUUUUUUCCCCUUGAUUUUUUUUUUAUUUUUUAACUGUGGCUCUUUGGAAUAUUCAACCUCCAUGUAUGACAAUUUGUACCUGCAUGGAUUUGAAGACUCUGAGGCGGGCUCGGCGGACUCGUACACAAGCAGACCAUCAGACUCAGAUGUGUCUCUGGAAGAGGAGCGCGAGGUUCAGGCUCAGGUCCAGGGCCAGAGUCCAAGCCAAAGCCAAGGACCGGGACAGAGUCGACUAGAGCGAGAGCAGCAGGCCACCAUUCAGCUGGAGAGAGCAAAGACCAAACCAGUUGCCUUUGCUGUAAGAACCAAUGUCAGCUACUGCGGUGCCCUGGAUGAAGAUGUCCCUGUCCCUGCAACGGCCAUCUCCUUUGAUGCCAAGGACUUCCUCCACAUAAAAGAGAAAUUCAACAAUGACUGGUGGAUAGGUCGGCUCGUGAAAGAAGGCUGUGAGAUCGGCUUCAUCCCCAGUCCUCUAAAGCUGGAGAACAUUCGGCUCCAGCAGGAGCAGAAGAGAGGACGAGUCCAAGGUAAGUCUGGAGGAAACUCCUCUUCCAGUGUAGAGGAUGAGGUAUCUGCCUCAAUCCGACCUCUUAUAUCGUCGGCAGGAAAGCAGAAACAGAAAGUGACGGAGCACAUUCCCCCGUAUGACGUGGUGCCCUCCAUGAGGCCAGUGGUCCUGGUCGGGCCCUCACUGAAAGGUUAUGAGGUGACAGAUAUGAUGCAGAAAGCUCUCUUUGACUUCCUCAAGCACAGAUUCGACGGCAGAAUCUCCAUCACACGCGUUACCGCUGAUAUAUCGCUGGCCAAGCGCUCAGUCCUGAACAACCCCAGUAAGAGAGCCAUCAUUGAGCGCUCCAAUACUCGUUCCAGCUUAGCCGAGGUGCAGAGUGAAAUCGAGAGGAUCUUUGAACUGGCUCGCUCGCUGCAGUUGGUGGUCCUGGACGCCGAUACCAUCAACCACCCGGCUCAGCUCCUCAAGACCUCUCUGGCGCCCAUCAUUGUCCAUGUCAAAGUGUCCUCACCGAAGGUCCUGCAGCGCCUGGUCAAGUCCAGGGGAAAAUCUCAGAGCAAACACCUCAAUGUCCAGCUGGUGGCGGCAGAUAAGCUGGCCCAGUGUCCUCCGGAAAUGUUUGACAUCAUCCUGGAUGAGAACCAACUGGAGGACGCCUGCGAGCACCUGGCAGAAUACCUGGAAGCCUACUGGAAGGCCACCCACACCUCCAUGGCGACACCGCUGAACCCCCUCCUGGGACGCAACCUCGGCCCCACCACGCUCACCCCGUACCCCACCAGCAUAUCUGGACUGCAGCAGAGUCAACGAAUGCAGCAGAACAACCACACGGCGGACCAUUCCACCGCCAACGAGCGGCGCAACCUGAUGACGUCAGACGAGAACUACCACAACGAGCGGCAACACAAGGGGCGCAACCGCAUGUCGUCCGGCUCCCAGCACAGUCGAGAGCAGCAGGACCCCUACCAGGACUACCAGGACCCUUAUCACGAUUCUUACAAACCACAUCGCAACCGGAGCUCUCCGGGGAGCUACAGCCACGAUUCACGGCACCGGCUCUGAACUUGGCCCCCACUGUCAUGACUCGACCCUGGUGAACGCUGGCGCUAAGCUGACAUGCUCCCGAAAAUGUAUCCUUUUUGUUUGGUUUUCUUCCUAACCCAGAUGGAGCGGGAACAGUUGCCAUGAGGCGCUCUCAGCCGCAGGGAAUGGCUCCUGGCGCGCGCUGGCCCGUGCUGGAGCCGACCUCUCGCCAUUUAGCUCAUUGCAUGCUAAUAGAUGAUAUUUCCUAAUUAGCAUUUUUGACUCUCCAGCGACAGGUGUGGUGGAGAGGUCCAGUUUUUACAGCUCCUGAUCGUGGGUUUGGGCCUCCUCUGCCGUUUUGUUCUUUGGUCCGUGGUUUGUUUUAUGUGGGGGUGGGGCUGUGGGACUGCUACCAUUGAAAACUGGUGCUUCACAUUCUCCCAAGUUUUGAUUGACAAAGAGCAAGAGCAGCGUUCCUGUAGCAUAGCUUCAUCUGGGGCCCUCAACCUGGCGGACUCUGACAGUCGCGUCAGAGUGUGGUGACGGCGAUGCAACUGAAAACAAGCUGUGAACCUGAGCACUUUCUGUUCCAGCCAUGCUAGCAAACAAGCUCACACACCUUUUGGACUGAACGCAGACGCUGCUCGUCGGAAGUUUUAAGAGGAAUGAAGUGUCCCCAUCGUGUUGUGGCCGGCAUGUUGCCCUGACUGCAGAGCAUGUUUCCUCCUUCCCGCACCCAAGUCAGUGGUCUCACCCGAAAAUGGUUGAAAAAAAAAAGAAUAGAAAAAUCCGAAUGAUUCUUCCUGGAAGCCAAGUCCAUGAACUAAACCGACAGUGGAGUGCAUGACCGCGGAGGAGCCAGCCAGCCUCAUCCUGCCCGCCACUCAUGAUCCGCUGUACAUACCUUGCGCCACAGAGUCCUUUUGUUGCAGUUGGGUCCUUAUUUACUGAAAUCCUUCCUGUGAGUACCCAGGGAGCAGUCGGAGCCGCGUCACAUAGGAUGGCCUGUGCCCCAGAUUUGGGGCAGAGUCAUCUGCUGCCUGGAUCUGUGCUGGAUGCGGAUGUAUUAACCUGCGACUCUGUGCCACAUCUGGCUUACGUCUGUUUUGGGCUCUGGAGCGGAUGUGGCCAGUACAGAACCUAUCCCAUGGUACAGCCAGCCCGCACCUGGGCCAGAUACAUUUAGCUACCUGGGUGGUGUCAGGUUGAUAUUGGGCCAGGAUCGGGCACAGACGUCGGCCACUUUUGGGUGUAAUACAUCCAGAUAGCAGUUGACUCUGUGCCACAUAUCCGUCCCGUGGAUCUGGCCCUAGUACGAACCUUUGUACAACCUCUGUUUCAGAUCCGUCAAACAGAUGCCAGAGGCGAUCCGGCACAGGUUCAGUGCAGAUCUGGGUCUAAUAUCACACCCUGAACACGGCAGAACUCUGAAACAGAGUCAGAGUCCUGCUGCUCCUAAAAAGAAGUAUUAACCCGAUAAAUCCUCAUUUCCACAUUUCAAAAACCGUAUGAACUGAAUAAGAAAUGAUUUCAUAAUAAGGUAAGUCGUAGAGUGAAUGAUCACGAAACAAUAGUUUUGUACGUGGCAAAAAAAUAUAUUUUAUCCUGACAUAGAUGGGAGUUGAGGUGUCAAAUGAGGAACACAAAGUGGAUAGGUGGAGCUCUAUUGCUCAACAUUAGAUCAACACAAUGUGGAACAGACGAUGUGAAGUAUGGGAACAGCAAUAUAGUACUUAGUGGUGAUCAAUGAAACAGAAGCUUUGAAAAAUAGAAAUCCGUUCAGCUUCUAGAUCAGCUAGAACAUUUGAUUCUCCAGUCGUUGAAGGUCAUUUGUUGAACAGUUCCUGGAUAAUCAUUUGACAUACAGCUUCACUGUUCCAAGCAAUACAGUGAUUUGUGUGGGGUUGAAAUUCAAAUUUCGAUUCCCUGCAAUAGUCGCCCUCCUGUAGGACCUUUUGUGCUGGAGCUCCAGUGAAAGUGAACAAAUGUCUUCCUGCUGUGUUUUCUGGAAACACAGGUCACCGUGCUCCGCUCGAGUGUUUGCAUGAAGAAACAAAGAGCACAGGGAAUGAAUAUGGUCUGGCUUCCGCUUCGUGGAUUCAUGGAGAGAACUCAAAACCUGCUCUCUUAUGUUGUUUAUUCAUGCGAUGGUCAGAUACCGGACAGGUACCAGGUAGCAAAAACAUUGAUUCAUGGGCUGAAUUGGCUGAAAUUUUAACGUUGAUCCAGUGUAUUUUUGUUACCUGGGUUGGGCCUUGAUUGAGAAGUGUGACGAUAAAUAAAAACAAGAGCCUAGAAA